AGGUGGCAGUGUAUGCAGCUUCAAUUGGAUGCGCUCCGCCAAAGCAAUCAAAAGAAGAAGUAUUUUUUUGUCCUCGUCUGAGGCGGCAAACGAGCAAAGUGGAGCUCCUUUUUAAAAACUUUUGUUCAAACCUUACAUGUUGCUGUGUAUUGACUAAAGGAGAUGAUUCGCAUGGAUGGAAAUGACCGAAACGAAUGGUCGUUGGCACCACAGUCGUUCCCACCAUGGUGCAGAAGUAUCAGUCACCCAUCAGGGUGUACAAGCAUCCCUUUGAGCUGGUGAUGGAGGCCUACGAGAGGCGAUUCCCCACGUGUCACCUGAUUCCCAUGUUUGUGGACAGCGAGGUGUUGGAGGAAACUGAGAGCGAGGACGGAUCCGUACACAAUGUCCAGCGCCGCUGCAAACUGGACGUGGACGCCCCUCGUCUCCUCAAGCGGAUUGCGGGGGUGGACUAUGUGUACUUCAGCCAGGAGAACACUCUGAACAAGAGAGAGAGGACGCUCCACAUCGAGUCCCACAACGAGACCUUCUCCAACAGAGUCAUCAUCCACGAACUCUGCAGCUACUCGGCCCACCCUGAGAAUGAGGACUGGACGUGUUUCGAGCAGUCGGCCAGCCUGGACAUCAAGUCGUUCUUCGGCUUCGAGAGCACGGUGGAGAAGAUAGCCAUGAAGCAGUACGCCAGCAGUAUCAAGAAGGGUAAGGAGAUCAUAGAGUUCUACCUAAACCAGCUGGAGGAAGAGGGGAUAAGCCACGUGCCCCGCUGGACUCCCUCCCUGGAUGCUCCCUCCUCCUCCGUCACCACCAAACCUGUCUGUGCCACUCCGAAGCUCCUCCAGCUGGAGCUGCCUGUCACGCCCGCCGUCUCAAUCCCCGUGUCCACGGAUGCCAAUGACCGUGAGCUUGCCGAUGCCACCCAAAGUGAAGCCACCAGCAACGAUGUCACGAACCAACCUGACGACCAGAUGGAGAAUCAGACGGGCACGCCCGAUGACAAGUUGGAUGCAGACUACAUCAAGCGCUACUUGGGAGACCUGACUCCUCUGCAGGAGAGCUGUCUGAUCAGACUACGACAGUGGCUGCAGGAGAGCCACAAGGGCAAGACCCUUACCCUCACUCCCGCCUCUCCCUCCUCGCCACCUUUCCAGAUCCCUAAGGACGAGCACAUUCUUCGUUUCCUGCGGGCCAGGGACUUUAACAUGGAGAAGGCCAGGGAGAUCCUGUGUCAGUCCUUAACAUGGAGGAAACAGCACCAGGUGGACUAUCUGUUAGAGACGUGGACCUCACCACAGGUCCUCAGUGACUACUACACUGGAGGGUGGCACCACCAUGAUAAAGAGGGUCGUCCUCUCUAUAUCCUGCGCCUGGGACAGAUGGACACCAAGGGGCUGGUCCGAGCCCUGGGGGAGGAGUCUCUACUCAGACACGUUCUAUCUAUAAACGAGGAGGGCCUCAGACGCUGUGAGGAGAACACCAAAGUCUUCGGCCGACCAAUCAGUUGUUGGACGUGUCUGGUGGACCUCGAAGGGCUAAACAUGCGCCACCUGUGGCGACCGGGGGUCAAGGCCCUUCUGAGAAUCAUUGAGGUGGUGGAGGCCAACUACCCAGAGACCCUGGGACGCCUGCUCAUACUGAGGGCUCCUAGAGUCUUCCCUGUGCUCUGGACCCUGGUGAGCCCGUUCAUCGACGAGAACACCCGUAAGAAGUUCCUGAUCUACGCUGGAAAUGACUACCAGGGCCCCGGCGGCCUGCUGGACUACAUAGACAAGGAGGUCAUCCCUGACUUCCUAGGAGGAGAGUGUAUGUGUGAAGUCCCAGAGGGAGGCCUGGUUCCCAAGUCUCUGUACCGUACUGCAGAGGAGCUGGAGAACGAAGACAUCAGCCUGUGGACAGAGACUAUCUACCAGAGUGCCAGCGUCUUCAAGGGAGCGCCCCACGAGGUGGUGCUCGAGAUCAUCGACGCCGCCUCCGUGAUCACCUGGGACUUUGACGUGUGUAAGGGAGACGUGGUCUUCCACCUCUACCACUCUAAGCGCGCCCCACAACCCCCCCGCAAGGACCCCCUAGUGGGGCAACACAGCAGCAUCACCACCCCCGGGGGGAACAACGUCCAGCUCAUAGACAAGUCCUGGACCUUAGGCCUGGACUACAGCAUGGUGGAGUCACCACUCACCUGCAAGGAGGGGGAGAGCGUGCAGGGUUCCCACGUGACCAGGUGGCCCGGGUUCUACAUCCUGCAGUGGAGGUUCCACACCAUGCCGGGCAGCGCCUCCACCAACCUGCCCCGUGUGGACGACGUCCUCGCCUCCCUGCAGGUCUCCUCACACAAGUGCAAAGUCAUGUACUACACAGAGGUCAUUGGCUCCGAGGACUUCAGAACGGCUUGCUUUGACGUUCAAAGUUUGGGCUCUAUGACCAGUUUGGAGUCGAGCCACAGUGGUUUCUCCCAGCUCAGCCACGCCACCUCUAACCACUCCCAGUCCAGCUCCAUGAUCUCCAGGUAGAGAACUACAACUCUUGCCAAGGACUACAAUUCUUCCUCUUCUGAACUACCAAGUCCCAGCUCCUCCAGCCUUCACAGUCCACACUUUCCGCCCUAACCACCUCAAACCUGUACUACUAUUAGUCAGUCACAAUGUGGAUCUGAAGCAUGCUUGCACAACAGAGGAGAAAGAACAUGUCGGCAGUUGAAAAACUGAGAACAAAAACUUGUGAUUUAAAGGGCUCCGUUUUUGUCUUGCAGCAGGCCAUGUAUAUUUCUUCCCAGCUUUCUGCUGGGCUGCUGAACAGAACGUUGGCAGAACGUUUUUCUGCUUGCUGAGACUUUGGUAGGUGUGGGAAGUGUCGCACCCAUGGAUGCCGGAUCAAGCAAUUGUCACACUCAUCUAAGGAGCUGUGAGACCGGAUUAAAAACCGGAUGCGCAGUUAAAUAUAUGCAUUAGAACACUUUACACAUAUGCACACCUCCAAGGUGUUGGUGAUACGGGGAUGCGCUGUUACAUAAGAACAUGGACACUUUAUAGGUUGAAGAAAUGGGAUGCGCUGUUACAUAAGAACAUGGACACUUUAUAGGUUGAAGAAAUGGGAUGCGCUGUUACCUGCAGACAAACAUGCUCAAACAUCGGAAGACGCACAAACGCAUACUGUAAUCGACACAAACCAUAAUCACACCUGCAAUGACAUGAAAAACUACAGUGUUUGCCAUAUCACCAGUGGGGUUUGUCUCUACUCGGUAAAUUGUUUAUAGGUCCAGGUUGGGGUAAAGCCGUAGCGAGGUAUCGUUUAGAAGCAAUAAGCAAUAAGAGUUCGAAUUUAUACUAUUGACAUAAUUAUAUUUCUAUUUAUCAUAAAAAUGUGUGUAUGGAGGUUUGUCCUCAUGGGUGCAAUGUUUAGGUGACCUUCCAGUUCCUGGGUGACUAGAUGGAUGGACAGAUGGGCACAUUUUUAAUUUAGCUAAACUUUCAUUUGGAGAAAUUGACAGAGGUUAUUUUGGAAAUUGGAAUUCACAAAUUGAAUUUUAAUUAACACAUUUUGAAUGUGUUCGCAAAUUAAUCUACACCUACUUGUCUCUUUUUGGCACGAGACACUUAACCAGUGAUUCCUUUUUAAAUUCUUGAAUUUCAAUUACUCGGACUUGAAUUUGAAUAGAUUCCGCCCCAAAAUGAGUGUUUCCCGUCUCUCCCCGACUGCAGGAAUGAACCUGACCCGUAGCUAGGUGUGGUGUGCUUUUGCUAGCCAAAGGAAUGUCCCGAACUGUCAGGGUCACAGGUUGAAUAGGUCAAAUUGUUGCUAUUCUUUUUAAAGGUGUGGAUAUAGAGGGAGGAAGUGAAUGGUUUUUUUGUGGUGAAAGCUUAGUCCUUUGCUACUGCUUCAUUCAUAGAAAUGUAUUGAUGCGCACAUGUACUUGGGCUUGUGCUGGUUGGGUUGUGUUUUCAGUGAGAGUGAAGUGUGUUACUGCAUGCUCAUAUGGGGAUAUGGUUGAUUGAUUGAUUUUAGUUCAGGAGUUACCAUAGUAACUACUCAUGAGCCAUUUGUAAGGACCAUUUUAGCCUUUGUAACUAACCAUGUAUAUAAGAAAUAUAUCUGCUUGGUUAGGGGACACCCCCUUUGCCUCGACUGAGCGAAGUGGACGAAAUUGACGAUGUUUCCAUUGUAAUGCAACGUACCCAUGCAAAUAAUCUGUACAGCCACCUUGUGCUUCUAAAGCACCAAAGACCAGCCAACAAAAAAAAACUGUCCGUUCCAUCUUCUAGUUUCAACGUUGUUUUUUUGUCAAGCUAGUUUGGAGUGUUUUAGGGGCUGUUUUGUGAGCUUCAAGCUCACAGAAGAGACAUUGAACUUUUCUACAGAUCAGACUAUAGGCCUGUUUCAAGGAAUUGGCAAGCUUUUUGCCUUGCAUUGCAAGCUGAGGCUCUCUCAAGACAAGCCCAUCCAGCCUGGUCCAUGCCACCAUGCUGCUGCUUGACGUCAGAGGGCCAAAGACAUGUUUGUUGAUGGGCGUCGGAUCUCGCUCCCAAGGAUUAUCGGCCAAUCAGGACCAGUCUGUUUUUAACAGCUUUUUGAGAUGCUACUUUUUUUAAAACGAUGAUAACGAAAACCCAAGGUCAAAGUGAACAGUCUAUAAUGUACAGUGUGUGUCUAACUGGAAUAACGAAGUGCUUUUCUCACUGAUGAAAGGAUCCGCUCAGAACGAGGGCUGCUCAGAAUGAACUCAUUAAGUUAGUGAUCGAAUGGAAUAAUGAAUAACUGUAAAUGUCUGUAAGGGUGUCACCCAGGUCAGGUCUGAGGAUGUUGUACGUAACGCGUUUUCUUCUGUACUAGUUUUAACCUUGAAGUAUGUCUCGAGAUAGACUAGGAUAGUUUCCUACUUUCCAGCUCUUUAUCAAAGGAAAGGCAAUGUCCACAAUGUGUAACGUGCUCAAUGUGUAAGGUUCACCGAGCUGUAGAGAAAGGUUCCAGCCCUGAAUAGGUCUUUGUUCCCUCUCACAGUCCUGUCGUGUUCCAAUGUUCGUUUUUCUUCAGCCGAGUUGGAACAGUGCUUUAGAAGUGUCUCUCUGUGUUGUUUUAAACCAGAGACCGAUUUCUUCCGUUACCUUUCAGUUUCAUCAGCUGACCUCAACAGGGGGUCACUGCCACGACUGAAAUGUGUCUGCUAUGUAACCUGCUUUGCUCUACUUCUGUCAACCUUCACUUCUACUUAUCUCAUUUACAUAUGAGGGCUAUUUCUGUCUUGUUUGUCUGUGUCACCAACCAUAUCCUGAUUUCUCCAUUUCUCUCAUCUAGCCUACCUUCCUAUAAGACAAUGAUAAUAUUGCAUAUCUUUAUUUCCCUCGAAAUUCAUGUUUAAAGAAAGAACUUUGAAUUAAUAUAAAAUAGCGCCUUUACAAUUUUUCAAAACAUUAAACUUGAAUUAUGAGAAUUUAAA